GCCGAACUGGUUGAUUUGUGAACGGUAUAAAAAGGGCGGACGACAUAGCCUUUCGAUCGUCAUCCUUGGAUGCAACAGCAUCGCAAAGAUACGCACAUUACUUCGCUCUGGUCAGCACCGCAUCAAUCAGAAUGAACCAUUUGGCUAUUUUCACCCUUUCCGUACUGACGGCACAUUCUGUGUGUGCCCAAAUGGCAGCCGACUGGCCUAAACAAACCCAUUUCCUAUCCACGCCCUACUAUUUCUACAACCAUCAAGUCAUCCCGACUCAAGCGAAGGCGCCCGUUCUUGAUCAACAUGAUCCAUUUACGCCGCAACGCGACGCCAUGAUCUCCGUCUUGCUACGAGAACUCAAAGAAAUGUCCAGACGCUUGGCAGAAACGAACGUCGUCGUUGAAAACGUAAAAAACGAAUUGGCUCAAGUGAAAAAAAUGGUGAAAGAUAAAGUCGGGGCGGAAGGAUCCAAGUCAAACGACAAUUGGCAGGACGAGACUGAAAUCAAGAGCCAAGCUGAGCUCCUCGCACCCACAUCCGAAAAUUUCACCACGGACUCCGAUGACAAGGCCACUUUGUCAGCUAGAUUUUGCAAUUGCCUACAGCUGAUGUCCGUUUCCAAUGCUAUUGAGCAAGGUUUGGCUGUUGAAAAGUCAAGGAUUAAUGCCUUGACCGCACAGUUUGCUGCGAGUACCGCCCCAAAGACGAUCGGCAGAAUUCCCGAUUCUUGCGCGGAUCUCAAGUUACUGGGAAACCACAGGAGCGGCAUCUAUUCCGUCAUGGGAGUUAAACAAGUGGAAAGCGUUUACUGCGACUUCACGAAACCCAAUAACAAUCCAAGUUUUGAGAAAAUGAUCGGCAUCGUCGACACGAAAACUCGUCGUGUUUACUUCCACGCCCAACGAGAAGCGAACUACCAAGCAGAAAACACCGUCAUUCCAUUCGAUGUGUUACGGACGAACGAGGGAGAUGCCAUGACACUAUCGGGAAUCUUCACCGCCCCCACCCCGGGAACGUAUUUCUUCGCUUGUUCGGGUAUUAGCUUCGAAGACGAUACAGCCCGUGUCGACAUGGAAAUGAAGUCGGCGACAGCCCCCGCUUGGACUAAAGUUGGAAGAGGUUUUGGCUCUGACCAAAAUUAUGAGACAUUCUCGCUCCAGUCAACUUUAAAACUUAAAGAGGGAGACAAAAUCAGACUGUUCUUGGUGAAUGGCAAGAUCUUUGACUACGAAUUCCAUUACACCAAUUUCGUUGGUUUGCUACUUGACGAAGAAUUACAGUAAAACCAUAAAUUAAUACUGAUGCUUACAAACAGAGUGGCAAUGGACUUUGAAAUUCUCAAAUUCACUUAUUUAUCGAUCGAUUUUAGAUCUAAUCAUAUCUUAGAUUGCAAGUAAUACAAAGUAUAUAGUCGUGUA